AUUUUGACAUUUGUUUCGUCGAUCGCCUUGUAGCAGCAUCUCACUUUGUGGAAAUAACGUGAUUUCGGUACGGCCAAUUUCCAACAGCAAAAAUGUACGCCCCACAACAGCCUAUUCUGAUUCUCAGCAAAAAUACGAAGCGAGAGAGCGGCCGAAAGGUGCAGUUGGAGAACAUCAAUGCCGGCAAAACCAUAGCUGAUCUUAUCCGCACAUGCCUGGGCCCGCAAGCCAUGAUGAAGAUGUUGAUGGACCCGAUGGGAGGCAUCGUGAUGACAAACGACGGUAAUGCUAUCCUGCGUGAAAUCACCGUGCAACAUCCGGCCGCUAAGAGCAUGAUCGAAAUCGCUCGCACGCAGGACGAAGAGGUUGGUGACGGUACCACGUCCGUGAUUGUGCUGGCCGGUGAAAUGCUGUCGGUUGCCGAACAGUUUCUCCAACAGCAGAUUCACCCGACGGUCAUCAUUCGGGCGUAUCGGGAGGCGCUCGAGGACAUGGUACGCAUCCUGCAGGACGAGGUCAGCAUUGAGCUGGACCGCACCGACAAGAAAAAGCUGUCGGACGUUGUAAAGUCUUGCGUUGGCACAAAGUUCGUCGGGCGCUGGUCAGAUUUGGCAGUGCGUAUUGCACUCGAUGCCGUCGAGACGGUGACACUCACGGAGAACGGUCGUACGGAGAUCGAUAUCAAAAAGUAUGCCAAGGUGGAGAAAAUCCCUGGCGGAUCGAUCGAUGAUUCGUGCGUGCUGCGCGGAAUUAUGCUGAACAAGGAUGUAACACAUCCGAAGAUGCGUCGGUAUAUCGAGAAGCCGCGUAUCGUUCUGUUGGACUGUCCACUCGAGUACAAGAAGGGCGAAAGCCAGACGAACGUGGAGAUUGUGGGCGAUCAAGACUUUACGAAGCUGCUACAGAUCGAGGAGGAGCACGUGGCCAGACUGUGCGAGGAGAUUAUUGCUGUGAAGCCGGACGUAGUGUUCACGGAGAAGGGAGUUUCCGAUCUUGCACAACACUUCCUGAUGAAGGCAGGCAUCACUGCUAUCCGUCGGCUGCGCAAAACGGACAAUAAUCGGCUGGCGCGCGCUUGUGGUGCUACGAUCGUGAACCGCACGGAGGAACUGACAGAGAAGGAUGUCGGCACCGGGGCCGGAUUGUUCGAGAUCAAGAAGAUGGGCGACGAGUACUUCUGCUUCGUGACGGAGUGUGAGGAUCCGAAGGCGUGCACGAUUCUGCUUCGCGGUGCUUCUAAGGAUGUGCUAAACGAGACGGAGCGCAAUCUACAGGACGCGCUGCAUGUCGCACGUAAUCUUAUGCUCGAUCCAAAGCUGCUGCCCGGCGGCGGUGCAGUCGAGAUGGCCGUCUCGCAGGCCCUGACGAACAAACAGAUCCAGGGACCGUACCGAGCCGUGGCUCAGGCACUGGAAAUCAUCCCCCGGACGCUAACACAAAACUGUGGUGCAAACACGAUCCGCACACUGACUGCACUGCGGGCAAAACACGCAUCACACCCGGCCACCGAUGGACCAUGCACCUGGGGCAUUGACGGUGAGACUGGUCAGCUUGUUGACAUGAAGGAGAAGAACAUCUGGGAACCGUUGUCCGUGAAGCUGCAGGUGUACAAGACGGCCGUUGAGACGGCAAUUCUGUUGCUGCGCAUCGAUGACAUCGUGUCCGGAUCGAAGAAGAAGAGCGACGAUGGUUCUGGCCCAUCGCCAGCCGCUGCAGCUGCCGGCAUGGGAGGAGAGUAAACAGCGUGGACUUCGUGGUUUCGUGGCCACUAUAAUAAUGUUCCACGCCCUUAAUUUCCUUCGCAAGCCUUUUUAUAGUAUUGAGCGAUGUGGAUCUACGCUACGCGGGCAAUUGUUGGCGGUGUUUUGCUUGAUUCUAAACGUUCCCGUACUAUAUAACUUACACGUUCCAGGUCCGUGGCCUGAUGCAUUUUUUGUCCAUGCCUAACAUUUAACACACAAACAUCUAUCGCACACAUACAGCGCUCGCCCGUUCAUUUUGUUCGUUCGUGUUAGCUCGUCACCUUCAUCCUUUUCCUGAUUCGUCUUUAUAUUACCAUUGUUUGCCUAACUAGUGCGAUCGCGAUCGAUGGUGGCGAUCGGAGGGGAUUCUCACAAACAUUUGAAUAUGUAUCCUUUGAGGAAAAUCAUUCGAUCGCGAACGACGUAGCACGACGUGAAAUAAACCAUUCAUUAAAAAAUACCG